UGGAGUUGAAUUCAAAUGACUGACACGGUCUUAUUGAAAUAAAACAUCCAGCGCAGAGCGCAGACACUUUUUUCCUAGUGGUGCAGGGGAGGCGUGGAUCUCGCUCACUUUUGACAUUCUCGUAGCAGUAGUAGCUUCUCCUCAAGGCAAGACUCAGAUGACACCACCCCGCCACCGACCGGAGGAGAAACAAGGGAAGUUCUCUCUCUCUCUCUCUUCUCUGCGGAUGAACUAUGUUUUGACACCAGGACGCGUUUGGGGGUUCAUCAGAUGAAUCUGGACACCGAGGAGCUUCUCGCGUCUUCACACUAGCCGUGGGAAUACUUUCAGAACAGUCUACCACAGAGUGUCGCACCCACGGAGCGCCGGUGGCGGAAUGUGAAAACCCCAUUUUGGCGCAUGUUCGUCUGCAUUGUGCGGAGCCUUCUCCUGCUUUCUGCGCGGUUGGGAAGCGGAGGAGGAGAAGGAGGAGGAGGGACGGCUUUUCCCGACUCGAUCCCUUGCCUAUGGACGACGGCGGUCCCCUCUCUCCAAAGGCAAAUGCUUUCAGUAUUGCCUCUCUGAUUUCGGCUGCAGAGCAAGCAGGAAACGCAGCGUUUGACAAACAGAACACCGGCCUGGACAAGCCAGACCUGCACAACCACAGUUCCUUUAAAAUGCACUACAGCACUGUCACCCGGGAAAUGGAAGCCAUAUCCAGUCCGUGGCUGACGCAGCUGUCCCAUUUUUGCGAUGUUGCAGCCUUCACGACGAGCAGCCUGAGCAGCCUCAACACGCCGGGGGGCUACCACCUCUCCCCGUCCCCCGGGGACCCCUACAGCCAGCAUGAGUCCCACUUCGAGCCCUGCCCGGCCGCCCAGCACAACUACAACUAUCCGGGGUCUAACCCGGGCCAGGGCCCGCCGAGUGACAGCGGGACUCCCAACUGCUCUUCGUCGUCCUCCAACUCCACACCGAACGGCAAAUCUAUAGUGAAGAAGAACCCCAAAGUGGCCAACAUUAACGUCCAGCUGGAGAUGAAAGCUUUAUGGGACGAGUUUAAUCAGCUUGGCACGGAGAUGAUCGUCACCAAGGCUGGCAGGAGAAUGUUUCCAACCUUCCAAGUGAAAAUAUUUGGGAUGGAUCCAAUGGCAGACUAUAUGCUUCUGAUGGACUUCCUGCCUGUAGACGACAAACGUUACAGGUACGCUUUCCACAGCUCAUCGUGGCUGGUCGCCGGUAAGGCUGACCCCGCCACACCGGGCAGGGUCCAUUAUCACCCGGACUCUCCGGCCAAAGGCGCUCAGUGGAUGAAGCAGAUUGUCUCUUUUGACAAGCUCAAACUCACCAACAACCUGCUGGACGACAACGGACAUAUCAUUCUGAACUCCAUGCACCGCUACCAGCCCAGGUUUCAUGUGGUUUAUGUGGACCCCCGCAAGGACAGCGAGAAAUAUGCCGAGGAGAAUUACAAAACGUUUGUUUUUGAGGAAACCCGCUUCACAGCAGUCACAGCGUACCAGAACCACCGGAUCACACAGCUGAAGAUAGCCAGCAAUCCCUUCGCAAAGGGCUUCAGGGACUGUGACCCAGAGGACUGGCCCAGGAAUCACAGGCCAGGCUCUCUGCCAAUAAUGAGUGCCUUUGCCAGAACAAGAAACCCAAUGUCAUCUCCCCCUCAGCAGAACGGCACUGAGAAAGAGGACAGAAGCCGGGAGUACGAGCGAGACCCCAGUGGCACACCCAUACACGCUGACCCGGCUCACCAACUGAUGUCCCGGGUCCUCAGUCCCGCCUUGCCUGUCCCAGGAGGCCUUCACGCCGUCCCACUCACCGGCGGCCGACCCAGCCCUCCUCACGACCUUCGGUCGGACCCCCACCCUCUACCCCCAGACACCCUGCACCACCACCCUUACAAGUACCCCACCACCUAUGAACACUAUCUGGGAGCCAAGACCAGACCGUCACCCUAUCCUUUACCUAGUAUCAGAGGACACACGUACCAUCACCACAUGAACCCAGCCACAGCUAACAUGUACUCAGCCACCAGCGGCCCCUCUAACUAUGACUACGGGCCCAGAUAAUGACUGCUGUCUACGUGGGCUAACGGCGCAAAGCACUGUGGGAAUGGAAACAGGCAGGAAGGGCAACACAGUACAAGCCAUUGAUGGCUUACACAACCUGCGGUGUGCGUUCACAGGCUGAAACUCCUUUCUGCUGGAUAAACCCUGCCGUAUUUAUUUAAAGGAAAUGCCUCUUUGUUAAAGCACGGACACCUGCUCUGAGUCGUUGAGGGGGUCUGCUUUGACAUUUGAACCCAAAUGGCAAUAGGUCCACACCACGGAGCUUUUUACCUGAGCGGUGCAGACAUUGAGCCAGCAAACAGAGGAGACAGGAGGAACCUCUCCUUAACAUGGACAAUACCUUUGAUCACAGACUGGAAUUGAAUUCAUUUUUUUUUUUUUUUUUUUUUUUUGUGUUGGAUGCACUUUUUGAUUUGCCUUGUUUUUAUUGCUUUCAAAAAAGCCAUAUGUUAUAUAGUCCAUCAACCUUCUAGGUAGACGAGAUGUUUGCAUGUUGAGCUCAUCAGAGACGGUGUCGAAACACAUCAAAAUGUUUUUGUUUGACGAAAAAAAAAAUUUGAUUUUGAAACGUUCUGAACAUCUUGAGCCGCUCUGAGAAGCUUGUACCAUGGCACUGACUUGCAGCAAUUCAAAGUAAAUAAAUGAAGCAGAAUGAGUGUUCUGUAUCUGUAAAAUAAACAUUAAAUUCUUGUAAUUCAUAAAGAAAA